AUGGCCCAAACAAUAUCACCUGGCGCGGCCACUGGUGCCUGGAAUCCGGCAUCGCUACCAGAAAGUGGCUUUACGGCGACUGCAACCGAAGCUGCUUCGUCCGAUAAACUAGUCGCAGACAACGCGCAAGAACCUCCUCAGUCCAGCUUAAAAUCACCGCUUAGUGACGACGACUAUUCUGCGUGGGAUAUGCCUGAGGAUACACCAGCUGCCCAACCGCAGCCUACGUCCUUGGAUUCUGUUCUAGCGGCUGUGCACCCGACCCCCGACGACACCGCGGACGAUGUCAGCCCAGCGGUUUUUGACCAUGCAGAUGAUGCUAGCGCGAUUGUCACCUCGGGCGCUCAUUCCGAACCCUCCACCGACCAUAGUCAAAUAACGCAAUCCGAGCCUAGCGAGCCCGAGCCCCCAACAACCGCUGAAAGCCUGGAAAUAGAGAGUACUGGACCUGAUGGGAUCUUUGCAUCGAAUGAAGACUCAGUGGACUUCUCGGAGCUGUUGACGAAAGAGCCGGUAGUGGAGGAACCUCUAGAUCAACCACAAGACCCUGAAGCGAAAGCCGCUCGUGAAUAUGCGCCUGUUGAAACUCUACCCGUGGAAGCCCCUCUGGUGGAAUCUCAGCCGGCCGCAGAAGCACCAACUGAGCAUCCGCAACCCGAAACAAUCCCAGCAGAACCCUCGUCUAUUGCCGCAGUGUUCGAGUCCAGUGAGGGGCCAGACGACUUUUCCGCUUUGCUUUCUGACAAUGUCGAGUCCACGCCUAUUCUACCAGAUGCUGACCCAGCUGAAGCGAUUGUCGCGUCUAGCGAAGCUGCUCAAGAGGUGACACAGUCCUUCCCGGUAGACUCAUGGCCCGCACCGCCCUCGACGGAGCAGGAAGCGCCCUCGUUUGAAGAAGACAAUCAAUUCCGAGAUAAAAUGAUCGUCGAGGAGUCGGAACAGUCGACUGCUCCCAUGGAAGUGACUUUCGACACACCUUUUGCGGAUGUAAGUGCAGAUGGCAGUGGUAUCUGGGCAAAUCAAGGCGACGGGGAAUUGGAUUCCGAUGGCGAUGAUUUCUUCAACCAACUUAAAACCCAGACCAAACCCAUUUUUGCACCAGAAGCGGAGUCGAGGUUUGAAGAGGGUGUCCCCUUAUUAGAAGAAGACAGCCAAGCUUUCCCAGAACAUGCAGGGCACGACGAUAAUGUGACGAAGGAUCUGUUUGCCAAUGACAAUGAUGAUGCGGAAGAUUUCUUCAGCUCUGUCAAACCGUCGGGCGCCAAUGCAGAGCCUUUCCAUCUUACUCGCAAGAGCACGUCUCAGGUACUGGAAUCAGUUGGGUUUGAUGUCAGCUCCCCGACAAGCGAUAUCUCGGCAGCGGCGCAAUUCGAAGAUGUUAUCAAGGCCGCGACUUCUGAACCUCAGGAGCUUCAAGCACAUUCUAGCCUGCCUGCGCCUUCGGAGGAUGAUCUUGCCGCAAGGUGGGAGGCGGAGCUGAGCGAUGCAGAGGAAGAUGACCUUGCAGCUCGCUGGGAAGCCGCACUGGAUCUGGACGAUGAUAUGGAAGAAGAUCUCACGGGGCCUACCCAUAAUGUCCCACAAAGCCCAAUGGCCAUUGGCUUGAAUAGUCCGUUCGAGACACCUCAGCAGCGGCAAACUCCGCCCAGGCUCAUCCCUGGUGUAUAUGCACCUCAUCAGCCGUCUACGGCGGAUCUGGUAGGAGGUGUGGAAUUCCCAGGAGCUCCUCCUACAAACGCGAGCAUUCCGCCAUACUAUACCCAACAGCCGCCCAAUCCAGUCACUAGCAGAGGAGAAAGCUUUGCUGAACGGUCAAAAGAAGGUUACAAAUCUCCUUAUGAUCUUCCCGAUGACUUGUCAGUGCCUCGGCGGCCUGUUCUCACCCAUAAGCCUACCCCUCCGAAGGUGGACAAUAGUAUGCCGCCGCCACCACCUCCAGGGUGUAACACGAUGCAACGCUCUACUUCUUAUGCUGCUCCUCCCCCUGCAUCCACAGCUGCUGUCGGGUCUGUGGCAGCCGCUCCUCCGCCGGCGCCGAAGAACUUCUUUGAGGAACUUCCAUUGCCUCCCCCACGCUCUAGACCUGCCAGCUCGGGGCGGUAUACUCCAGGGCCCACCGGUCCCGCGAUGGCUGGUUCAUCAGUCGGUGCGGGGUCCCAGAGCCCAUAUGCGCCCCUGCCAGCUACAGCGCCUGUUCCUCCAACGGCUUCCACUGGCGCCCCGUCUCUUCAGCCUUCGCUCCAGCCGCCAGAGCUCUUGGAUCCGUAUGGUCCCGUUGGAACAUUGGCCUCGAGUGCUCCUCCUGGUCCUCCUGCGGCUUCCAGGUAUUCUCCUAUGCCUCCUUCUCUGCAGCAUGCGGGGAAACCCUCUUCGGGACCAAGAUACUCGCCUGCGCCUCCGCCUUCGUCAGCUGGUCGCAACCGUUAUGCCUCUCAGCCGCUUGGUGUACCUGGUCAAGGUGCUAAUCUGCCUUUCCAACCCCGUACAUCAAGUCCUCUGGCCUACCACGAAAAGGUCUCCUAUCAACCCGACGGUGCUCAGCAGCAGCUGCCGCCUUCCCUUCAGCCUUCUGUAGAUUUAUCCCCUCCUCGUCAGCGUCACAGUAUUGACCAAGGGUCGCUCUAUGCUCCGCAGCUACCUAAUGGUUCUACCGAUGCUGUGAACCAGGGAGCCGGAAGUCCGCCAGGUGGUCCGCAACAGAAGGGCCGGUAUGCACCUCAGGAGUACUUGAACCAGUUUACUCAACGUAUGGCACCAAACAAUACCUACGCUCCUGCCCCUGCUCCUGCUGCCGCCGAUGUUCAACCUUAUGCCCAACCAAAUGAACCCGAAGUUGUUUCUCCUCGCAGAUCUCAGACUCAGUCCCCUGGUCAGCAACUGACAAGCCCGCGAGCUUUUGUACCACCCCUUGACACACUACCUCGUCCUGCUUCGGUGCACGGGUCGAGCUCACCGACCAAAAUCGCAAACCCGUAUGCACCUCAGCAAGCCGCUGCAAGCCGUGCUCGGGCUGUUUCUCGAGUUUCUCAGCAGCUUGAUUUCAUUGCUCCUACUGAUGGUCAAGAGCAAGAUCCUCUGCAACGUUGGAAGGGUGCUCCUAUAUUUAAAUUUGGAUUUGGCGGAGCUGUGGUGUCGUGCUUCCCCAAGCAUAUCCCUCGUUACUCUGCCGGUGUAGCAACACCCAUGAUAAAGCCUACGCUUGGUGAACCUAGGCAUUCUCAGCUUGAUGCAUGGUUACCGACUGGCGAGACCAUUGUGCCGCAUCCUGGACCUCUCAAAGCCAAAUCCAAGAAGAAGGAUGUCCUGGCAUGGCUGUCUAGCAAGAUCGCAGCUUUCGAAAAUGAGGAAACACCUGGCUUCAACCCGCAGCAACCUGAUGUCCAGAAGCGCCACGAAGAGAAGAUUUUACUCUGGAAGGUCACGAAGGUUUUGGUCGAGAGUGAUGGUACUUUUGAAGGAUCACCUGAAGCUCAGAAAUCUCUGCGCCAGGCCAUCUUCCCGAAUCUUGCGGACCCUCAACCCGAGGGCUCUUAUGGGAACUCAUUCUCGACGCCAUGUGGCUCUGGGGCAUCUGGUCUGCCGUCUCAGCCAGAUGCUGUCGAUGCUCAGUGGAGUGAGGAGCUCCGCAAUCAUCUGCUGCUUGGUGAGCGAGAGAAGGCUGUUUGGGCCGCUGUCGAUCGGCGCCUCUGGGGCCACGCGAUGGUGAUUGCUUCUACUAUGGAGAAGACUAUUUGGAAGCAGGUUGUUCAGGAAUUUGUCCGACGUGAGGUUCGAUCUAGUGGAGGCAAUACUGAGUCGAUUGCGGCUCUUUAUGAAAUCUUCGCCGGGAAUGUUGAGGAGAGUAUCGACGAGCUUGUUCCACCAUCUGCCCGGGCUGGUCAUCAUUUGAUCAGCAAAGCAGAUGGUCAGGGUGCCUCUAAGAAUGCACUCGAUGGGCUCGAGAGCUGGAGAGAUACUCUUGGUCUGGUAUUGAGUAACCGGAGCUCUGAGGAUCAUCAAGCUCUGCUAGCUCUUGGAAACCUAUUAGCCUCUUAUGGCCGUACGGAGGCUGCCCACAUUUGCUUCAUCUUCUCUCGGGGUGCUGUCUUCGGUGGUCCCGACGAUCCACAGGCAAACAUUGUGCUCCUUGGUGCUGACCACCAACGCCUUCCCUGUUCUUUGCUGGAUGACGACUCUAUCCUCUUGACUGAAAUCUAUGAGUUUGCCACAUCUAUGCUUAGCAAUUCCCCAGCAGCCAAUUUGCCGCACCUGUUAGCCUUCAAGCUUAUGCAUGCCAAGUACCUUGCUGAUCGUGGACGCAAGACAGAGGCACAGAACUAUUGUGAUGCGUUUGCUACAUCUCUCAAGGCAACCACUCGCCCCUCGCCUUAUCAUCAUCAGCAAUUGUUCACUGAAAUCGAUGAGCUAUCAGCGCGCCUGCGUCAAGCUGCCAGCGAUGGGUCUUCAUCCUGGAUAUCAAAGCCCAGUAUGGAGAAAGUGUCCGGGUCGAUGUGGGCUCGGUUCAAUAGUUUCGUCGUUGGUGAUGACAAUGACGCAGCUUCAACAGGCUCUGGCAAGGCAGGUGAGACUUCUGACUUUGGGCCGUUUGCCAAUGUGGCCGGAACACCUACUGUGAGCCGAUCGCCAUCUGUGUCAGAUCUAUACGGCUCCUAUCCUGGAGCUGGUGCGCAGCAAAUACCCCCCGCCGCGAUUCCAGCCGCUGGUUCCUCCAGGUACCUUCCAUCCAACCAGUACGCGGCCAAUGGCUCUCCAGAGAAUUUGCGUGGUCGGUCCUCGAUGGAUUCCCAGCGGUCUGUGUCUGGUGGACUUUCCUUUGGACAGCGUAGACUCUCACAGGAGCCUGAAACUCCAGUGGACUCGAUAUUCCAGGGGGCACCAAUGUAUGGAUCACCAGGCAAUGUUGCUUACCAGCCCACACCGCCUCAGCAAUCUUACAUGCCUUUGGCUCCAGUUAAGGAGGAUGCCACGCAAUCACCGGCUGAUGCGACCCAACCUCAAGUGAAUGGUCUAUUCUAUAAGCCACCCGGACAGGAAAUCGGCUCCAACAGUCAAUCGCCUUAUUACCAAGGCCCACCCGGCAUGCCUCAAGCUGAAAACUCUGGCUAUAUGCCCCCAGCUGCUCCUGAUUCAUAUGAGCCUCCGUCCUACGCUCCAGUCAUGAACCUUGCGCCAGAGGAAAUUGACCCACAGGAAGAAGAGGAGUUAAAGCCUAAGAAGUCAUUCAUGGACGGUGACGACGAUGAUGAUCUCGCGGCUCGAGUAGCGAACCUGAAGAUAUCCCAAAAGGAAGAGAAUGAUCGCAAGGCAGACGAGGCAUUCCGAAAGGCCGCCGAAGAGGAUGCCAAACGCGGUGAGCAGCAAGCUCAAAAGAAGGGUUGGUUUGGUGGAUGGUUCGGCGGAGCUGCCAAAAAGGACGCCGACAAUUCAGGUGGCGGUCCUAUCAAAGCCAAGCUCGGCGAGGAGAGCUCAUUCUACUACGAUAAUGAUUUGAAGAAAUGGGUCAACAAGAAGGAUCCCAACUCAAGUGCUAGCGUUCGUGCCACGCCCCCGCCUCCGCGAAGCUCUGCUCCUCCCAGUCGAGCCAGCUCUGGUAGCAUGCCGCCUCCUCCUGCUCCAAUGUCCGCUGCAUCUGGCAGUCGACCCCAAUCGUCGUCUAGUGAUGCAGCGCAUCUGUCCUCAAGCCCCGCUUUUCCCGGACUCGCUGUUCCUCCGCCAAUGCCACGAUCUGUUUCUACUAGCGGGGCCAUUUCGUCGACCCCGCCUAGACCUACUUCUUCCCUCAGCCAUGCCCAAUCUAUCGAUGAUCUUUUGGGCGCCCCCUCGGCUCGCAAGGGUGCCAACACCGUCCGAGGCAAAAAGAAGGGUCGGUAUGUUGAUGUCAUGGCUCAAUGA